UAUUUUGAUGAUAAAAAUACAAUAAUUGGUAAAUCAGGUUCUAAAAGAAAAAUUUCACCCACCAAAACACCAGAAAACAAAAAAAUUAAAAUUAGUUCAGUAGAUUCUCCCAAUACACAAGAAAGUGGAUAUGCAACAGAAUCAUCUCCUUCGCAGUCAGUUGAAUCUACUAUCCUGAUAGAAAAUAUUGAAUCUAAACUUUGGGUGGAAAAAUAUAAACCAUUAACAUUAAAACAAAUUAUUGGUCAAACAGGCGAAAAAAGUAAUGUCAAUAAACUGGUAAAUUGGUUAAAAUCUUGGUAUUCAAACCAUGGAGUAGGAGUCAAUAAAAAAUUAACUAGACCAAGUCCUUGGGCCAAAGAUGAUAAUGGAGCUUUUUUCAAAGCCGCUCUACUUUCUGGUUCUCCCGGUGUUGGAAAAACGACAACUGCACAUUUAGUUUGCAAAGAAUUGGGUUUUGAUAUUGUAGAAUUUAAUGCUUCUGAUACAAGAUCCAAGAAACAAUUGCAAAAUCAUGUAUCUGAACUUUUAUCUUCAACUUCUUUGAGUCCCUUUUUGGGAGGAAAAUCUGUGACUAAAAAGCAUGCUCUUUUAAUGGAUGAAGUUGAUGGUAUGGCAGGAAAUGAAGAUCGAGGUGGUGUUCAAGAGUUAAUCAUUUUAAUUAAAAAUGCUAAAUGCCCAGUAAUAUGUAUGUGUAAUGAUCGUAAUCAUCCAAAAAUACGUACAUURUCUAACUAUUGUUUUGAUCUUCGAUUUCAUAAACCAAAAUUGGAACAGAUUAAAGCUGCUAUGAUGAGUAUAUGUUUCAAAGAAAAAUUGAAAAUUUCUCCAGACACUUUAUCUUCAAUCAUUGCUAGUACAGAUAAUGAUAUUAGAUUAACACUCAAUCAUUUGUCAGUUGUUGCAGCAGGAAAAGAUAAUUUAAACAUAAACAAAAAAUAUAUUAAAAUGGGACCAUGGGAUGUUGUGCGAAAAGUUUUUUCUGCCGAAGAACACAAAUCAAUGAAUAUUAAUGAUAAAUGUGACCUGUUCUUUUAUGACUAUAACAUAUCUCCAUUAUUUGUUCAAGAAAAUUAUUUAGCUGCCGUUCCACAUGAUGUCCAAGGUUCUAAAUGGAAAACUUUUGAACGUUAUUCAUUAGCAGCAGACAGCAUACGAAUAGGAGAUAUAGUUAGUGCAAAAAUUAGAUCUACCAAUAACUGGAGCUUACUCCCUGCACAAGCUAUAUUUUCUAGUUAUUGUCCUGGAGAAUUUCUGAGAGGUCAUGUGAGUAAACAAAUUAACUUCCCUGCUUGGCUAGGGAAAUUUUCUAAGGGAAAUAAAAUGAACAGACUUUUACAAGAAUUACAAAUUCAUACUAGAAUAAGAUUAUCUGCAAGUAAGGAAGCAAUAAAUCUUGAUUACUUAACCACUUUAAGAGAUAAGAUUCUCAAACCUCUUAUGGAUGAAGGCAGUGACGGUGUUCAUAAAUCCUUAGAUUUUAUGAAUCAUUAUCAUCUUGUAAAAGAUGACGUGGAAUCUCUUAACGAACUGUCCUCAUGGCCUGGCCAUAAAGAUCUUAUGUCUGAAAUCCCAGCUAAAGUGAAAAGUGCUUUUACUAGAGCGUAUAAUAAAAAUGCACCAAYWUUCAAUGUAACAAAAAAAUAUAAAAAAGCUGUAGAUAAUAUUGAAGAUUUGGUAGAUGAUAAUGAGAUUGAUGAUAUUAGUGAUGAAGAUGAAGAAGAUAUUGCAAAUGAUGCCUUGAUUUCUGUUGUGCAUACUUUUAUGCGAGACUUCSAAAUUGRCGCCUAA